UGAACAGACCGCAGACGCAGCGUUUGCCCACGUGAUGAACGCGGAACAAGUUAAAUCGAAAGUAAAUCUCAAGGGACCGCUGUGUGUUCGGGCAAGAACAUUUCGGACGUUUUGUGAAGGCUGCAGGCUACUUCCUCUGUCAGUGGUUCCCUGAUCUCUAUCAACACGUCUGCUAUUGUUGGAGCAGAAAUGGAUCCACAGAUCUGAUUGGUCCAUGUAGCUGCUAAAAGAUGGAUGUCCCUCAAGAGGGAGAGGAUGCUGUUGGUGGAAAUCAGACAGGCAGAGCAGCAUGUGCCGUGUCCAGCCACGUGUCCAUGAAGAAUGAGGAGCCCGUCACUGAUGGGCAUGAGGGGGUCAGCACAGGAAGAGUGUCUUAUCCAAGACCACAGAAACACAGACCAGUGUCUCCAGUGCCCAGCUGUGUGUCCAUGAAGAGUGACCAGUCCAUAGGACAAUAUCCCAAUUUCAGCAGUGGACCACCACAAUCUGAUCCAAACAGACCACAGAAACACAGACCAGUGUCUCCAGUGCCCAGCUGUGUGUCCAUGAAGAGUGACCAGUCCAUAGGACAAUAUCCCAAUUUCAGCAGUGAACCACCACAGUCUGAUCCAAAACCACAGAAACACAGACCAGUGUCUCCAGUGCCCAGCUGUGUGUCCUUGAAGAGUGACCAGUCCAUAGGACAAUAUCCCAAUUUCAGCAGUGGACCACCACAGUCUGAUCCAAAACCACAGAAACACAGACCAGUGUCUCCAGCGCCCAGCUGUGUGUCCAUGAAGAGUGACCAGUCCAUAGGACAAUAUCCCAAUUUCAGCAGUGGACCACCACAAUCUGAUUCAAAGCACAUCCUGACCCAGGAUCAGUCCAGGUGUGGAGUGUGUGAGCAGCUAUUGAGGGACCCAGUCAUCACCAGCUGUGGACACAGUUUCUGCAAGCAGUGCAUCAGCAGCUACUGGAGCCAGUCUGGUCCAUCAGGAGACUACAGCUGCCCCCAGUGCAGAAAGAGAUCCAGAACACAACCCAUUAUAAACCCUGACACAACUAUGGCACAACCACUGUUAUACCCACCUGAAAAUAUGUCACAGGCUCACCUAUACCCACAAACUAUGGCAAAGCCUCACCUAUACCCAUCUAUGGACAUGGCACAACCUCACCUAUACCCACCUACAGCCAUGGCACAACCUUUGUCAUACCAACACAGUGAAAUGGCACUUCAUCUGAACCCAUCCGCAAACAUGGCAGAAGUUCCUCCAUCCCCACACACAGACAGGGGGCAGUAUCCUCAGUACUCAAACUCAGCCAUGGGGCAGCAUAAUCAUCCACACAUCCAGCAACCUCUUUAUCCACACAUCCACACGGCACAGAUCUCUCCACAUCCUCCCUUAGAUGAGCACACAGUCAUGACAGGCAGCACCCAUCUGCAAACUGAGCAUGCUCCAGUCAAAAGGGCCAAACUAACAGAUGACCAUGUCCUGACCAGAGUACUGAUGACCCAUAAAGCCAUCAUGAAGAGGAGGUUUGAGAGCAUAUGUGAAGGCAUAAGGUCAGGGACUCAAACACUCCUGAACAAGAUCUACACAGAGCUCUACAUCACAGAGGGAGAGAGUGAAGGGGUGAAUAAUGAGCAUGAGGUUUGGCAGGUAGAGUCAGCAUCCAGGCCACAAACCACAGAAGACACAGCAAUCAACUGUAAUGACAUCUUCAAGCCCUUACCUGGACAGGAGAGACAUAUCAAAACUGUCAUGACCAAGGGGAUUGCUGGCAUUGGAAAAACUGUCUCAGUGCAGAAGUUCAUCCUUGACUGGGCAGAGGAGAAAGCUAACCAGGAUGUAGAUUUCAUGUUUGUGCUUCCAUUCCGUGAGCUGAAUUUGGUCAAACAUGAUGAGUACAGUCUUCACAGACUCCUGCUUGACUUCCACCCUGAGCUUAAAGAGCUUCAAGAUGGUGAAUACAAAGACUGCCACAUUGUGUUCAUCUUUGAUGGUCUAGAUGAGAGUAGACUUCCACUGAAAUUCCAAGAGAACCAGAAGUUGUCCGAUGUGACACAAACAUCAUCAGUGGAUGUGCUGAUGACGAGUCUCAUUCAGGGAACUCUGCUUCCCUCUGCUCUCAUCUGGAUAACCUCCCGACCAGCAGCAGCCAGUCAGAUCCCCUCUCAGUGCAUCAGUCAGGUGACGGAAGUACGAGGGUUCAAUGACCCACAGAAGGAAGAGUACUUCAGGAAGAGGAUCAGUGACCAGAAUCAAGCCAACAGAAUCGUCUCACACAUUAAGGAAUCCAGAAGUCUGCACGUCAUGUGCCACAUGCCAGUGUUCUGUUGGAUCUCAGCCACUGUCCUUCAGCAGAUACUGGAACAGGAUGAUGGGAAGGAAGCCCCCAAAACUCUGACUGAGAUGUUCAUACACUUUCUGCUCAUCCAGACCACCAGGAAGAACCAGAAGUAUCAAGAGGAAAGUGAGACAGAUAGACAGAGGCUCCUGGAGUCACACCAAGGUGUCAUAUUGAAAUUGGCAGAGCUGGCCUUCAAGCAUCUGGAGAAUGGCAAUCUCAUGUUCUAUGAGGAAGACCUGAGAGAGUGUGGCAUUGAUGCCAGUGAAGCUUCAGUGUACUCUGGCAUGUGCACUGAGAUCUUCAGGGAGGAAUGUGUGUUUCACCACAAGAAGGUCUACUGCUUUGUCCAUCUGAGCAUCCAAGAGUUUCUUGCUGCACUUCAUGUGUUUGCCUCCUACUUGAGUAAGAACAUGGAGGUCCUGAAACCAUUUCUUAAAAGAAAGUCCAUGUCUUUGGCAGAUUGGCCUCUAGAUGAGCUGCUGAAGAAUGCUGUAAACAAAGCUUUGGAAAGCAAGAAUGGACACCUUGAUUUGUUUGUUCGCUUCCUUCAUGGCAUUUCUCUGGUGUCAAAUCAGAGACUUUUGCUUGGUCUCCUGACAGACACACACAGCAACCCAGAGAGUGUGAAGAAAACAAUCAAGAACCUGAAGAUGAUGCAGAGACCAAAUAUCUCCCCCGAGAGGUGCAUCAAUCUGUUCCACUGCCUGGUGGAAAUGCAUGACUCUUCUGUUCAUGAUGAAAUCCAGGCUUUCCUGAAGGCAGAGAAAGGUGCCGUGAAACAGCUCACACUGGCUCACUGCUCAGCCUUGGCUCAUGUGCUUCUGAUGUCUGAUGAGGUGCUGGAUGAGUUUGACCUGAGCAAAUACAAAACCUCUCCAGAAGGUCGCAGGAGACUGGUUCCAGCCGUGAGAUACUGCAGAAAGGCUCUGUGA